AGGUGGAGGAGGAAGAAGGCAAGGAGGUGGAGGUGAAAACGGUGGAGAGGCCAUGGCCCCUCACCCUUUGUGCGGCGGCACCACGACCACGGGGCGAUCUCGACCUUUGGGUCGGGGAUGGCCUCAAAGGUGCUGGGGCCAGGCGCCGGACCGGUGGCGCAGGCGCAGGGACAGGUUGUCGUCUGCAUAGCGGUGACGGCGCUGCUUCGACAGGUUGGUCUAACCAUGUACAGGAGGGCGAGGGAAAGGAGCGUGAUGAAGAGCGUCUACGAAACGAUGCUCACGGGAUUGCCGUGGUUCUUGAGAGUGCCCAUGGUAGUGGUGUUGCCAGCCUACCUGGAGGCCAUAUACGAUUGGGUGGGAUGGAGCCCACAUUCUGUCAAUUUGGGCCAGGCUUCCCUUGCACUGUUUCUGAACCUUCUCAUGUUUGCAUGCGUGUACUGUACUCUCGUGUACCUCGGAUCACUCGUGAGGGAGCUCCAUGACGCCACCCAGCCAGAUGCAAGGUGGUCGACAUUCUUUCUUCAGAGUGGCUACUUGGCCUUCAUGUCGGGGUCUGGGAAGUGCAUGCAUUAUGCACUGCGCAUCUUGGUCAUGUCCUUGGCUGGCCCUGUUGACAAGCACGCUAACGCUUGGGUUUGGAGGAAGCAAGGGCGGGCUGUGAGCCUGUCUAUCUUAACUCAGACGGCUUUAUGUUGGUGCCUGUUGUCGUCCACGCUGCCGAACCAAAUGGAAAGCCCUCUUCUCCAGAAUCACCCGUGGGAGCAAAUUAACCUGACAUGCCAGCAGUACGUAGUCGUCUAUUCUUGGGCCUUUGCCGUUGUGAAUGCUGGAUGGGAUUUGUUGUAUUUGUACGUAGGCGGGGUCUACACCUCUUAUUCUGUAGGGUUUUGUCUUUUCUGCUUGUGGUUGCUGGCCUGCUUGGCGUUUUCCUGCGCACUGGCAGCCACCACGCCAGACAGGAGUUUCUAUAACAUGGGCCAGGGAAACGUAAAGAAGGCCGCGGCAUGUUUGAUGAACUACUGGCUCGUGGAUUUCACCACUUGGUGGGCACAGGCGCAGAUCAUGACCAGCCUGGACACGGGGGCGGAGGACCUUGGUAAGGAGGGGGCUCUGACAGUGACCUCCUGGCCGAUCAUCGGGGUCAAUUUCGGCGUGGUGCUGAUAGCGCUGUUCGUCUGCGGCGGGGUCCACGCCUGCAACCACGACGCCCUGCUACACAAGGCUGCCUUCGGCGGCGGGCACCGGCAGAAGAUUUUCGGCACCAUCUCCAAGUACAAUUGGCUGAGAGUUGACGAUAGCGACGACAGCACUGAGGAGGAAGAGUCUGGAGAUGGGGACGAAAGCUCUUAGGGGCGCUUGAAGGGUAUCUAGUUGCCUCUAUGGUGACAGCAUGGGUGACGCGUCGCACCUGCCGGGGAGGUCAUAAGGCCAAAUGUGUCGCCAUAGAGUGACUUGCUGCAUUGCCACGACCAGCGUACGCAGGACAUUGCGCCAGGGGCAUGCCCAGUGAAACGAAUUCGUCUUUAUAUUUGACAGCAGUAGUGUCUGUUCGCCAGGAGUGUUGCAAGACCGAGUUGAUCUCCCGUCCGUGAGGUCUCACGGCCUCUAACAUGAUUCACGCGUUCUCUCUCUCUCUCUCUCUCGCCCUCUCUUUCUGUCUUGUCCUCGUUCUGGCUUCCCUUGCCUUGAACUGAAGCGGACAUGAUCCACCUGCGAGUAAUUACUCGCGAGAUGCAUUCACGUAUGGUGCAAGGGGGUGGAAUCAAAGUGGAAGUGUGGUCUGCGAGUGUGUGAGGAGACGCUGUCGCUGGAGGGGGAAGGGCUUGCCGAAGUCCAGUGCGAGACGUACCACGCCUCUUGCAAUGUAAUUGGUCGUGCUCCAUUUUGAGAGUCGCAAGAGACCUUAUUCCGAACAGCAAGCCGCAUAGGCGUUUCAAACUGCGUGCGAUCCACUGGCGAGUUCAUUCUCAGCGCAGUCGUGCGGUAACCACGCGCGCGCGUAAACACACA